CAUUCAGACCUGCACAGAGGAAAGGUUGAACACAAAUUCAAUACACCCGAAAGACGCAACACACAAAAAACCUCACGGCAAAAUGAUAGAAGAACGACAAGCUGGUGCACCCCAUGCCGUCCUUCUGGCUGUGGUGGUGGCCAUAGUGCUAGUGGUGCCGCUCAUCAUCGGCGACCAAGGUGAGGCAAUCACGGAGGCCAUCUCGGAGCUCCUUAGCCCCGUGGGUCUCCUCCUCCUCCCCAUCAUCCUCCUCCUCACCAUCCAGUUCCUCUCCUCCGAACGUGGCUCAUUUGUCUCUAACAUGUUUUCAACCGGUGAGCCCGAUUCCAUCCAUAGGGUCAGUGGGUCGCCGGUUGGGGUGGCACUCUUUUUGAUCCUCAUUUUGUUUCUCUUGUACAACCGGAUGUCGAUCUUCGGUGGUGGCGAUGAUUCCAGUGAGUAACAUGGUGCGUGGAUCUGGGUUUUCGGGCUUCCAUUUCUUUGGGUUUUUUGGUUUUGGUUUUUGUAUACAGUAUAGUGCGCGCGUACGUAGAUUUUUCAUGUAUGGGGAUGGGGAGGAGAUUGGCGAAUAGCUCCAGCGUACUCUGGUCAUUGAGCGUUGAGAGUUUUAUAAUAUUGUAAUUACAGAAUUACCCAUUUCGUUAUGUUGUAUAAUUUGUUUUCACUUUUCAGUUUUCAUUAUGUUAUGAUAUGAUAAUUGAAGGGCAUUAUUUGUCUUUUGGGAGUUGUACCAAAGUUACGUACAGCAGGGUUUAGAGUGUGAAAUGACAUCUGGGGGGUCAUCGGAGCCACUGUCGGACCUGGUGGCGCGGUCUCUCUCUCUCUUUCUCUCAUUACCUUUUUGUCGUUUGUUGACGCUCUUUUUGUGGCUUUUCUUGGUUCCUCUGCCCACUUCAUGCUUGCACGUGGCUCCGGCUCCCCCUUGUUUUA